GAGCAGGCGUAGGGUAGGUUCGUGGUUAGUUACGUAAGGGGUUUUCAUCACCUCGUGAUAAAGCUUAGUUUCUUGAUCUCAUCGAGGGAUCAACAGUGUCUCCCACAAGCCGAGAGAAAUGGGAGAAGGCGGUCGUGGGUGUUCAAACUAUUGGAAACAAUGAUGAUGGUUCUUGUGUUGAAAAGCUGCGAUUAUCAAAGGAUAAUAUUGAAAAUUCAGUAACGAACGAGAAGCAGCGGAGUAGCAGCGACAGCAACAUGUCUGCUAUUAAAACUACGGGGACGGGAGGCCCAAGAGUCGUCCCCGUCUUUAGUCACGUUAAAUACGAACAUCUAAUCGCAGGUCUAUCGGGAGGCGUAGUGUCCACGUUGAUGCUGCAUCCUCUGGAUCUGAUAAAAAUCAGAUUUGCCGUAAAUGAUGGAGUCACACACACCGCUCCACAGUACAGUGGUCUUCGAGGUGCUUUUAGCGAAAUCCGGCGGACAGAAGGCUUAAGAGGCCUCUACAGAGGUGUGGUACCAAAUAUUCUUGGUUCUGGAAGCUCCUGGGGUUUUUACUUCUUCUUUUACAACACGAUAAAGACAUGGAUUCAAGGUGGUAAUGCAAAGAAACCUGUUGGCCCAGUAAAGCAUAUGCUCGCCGCUGCUAAUGCAGGCAUUUUGACGCUGUUGAUAACGAAUCCGAUCUGGGUAGUCAAGACACGACUUUGUCUCCAAUAUACAAGCGAUGUACAUCUUGCAGAGAGCAAGAGGUAUUCGGGCUUGGUCGACGCCCUUAGAAAAAUUUACAGGACCGAGGGAAUCCGGGGACUCUAUAAGGGUCUUGUUCCUGGAAUGUUUGGUGUUUCACAUGGUGCGCUCCAGUUUAUGACAUAUGAGGAAAUGAAAAAUAGCUUCAACAACUACAGACUAGUACCUAUUGACACGAAACUGGACACCGCACAUUACAUUUGUUUUGCUGCACUAUCAAAACUGUUAGCUGCACUGGCAACUUACCCGUAUCAAGUAGUUAGAGCUCGUCUCCAGGAUCAUCAUCACGACUACAGGGGAACAUGGCACUGCAUUCAACUAACAUGGAGGGGUGAAGGUUGGCGUGGCUUUUACAAGGGCUUAGGGCCGAACCUUAUCAGAGUGACGCCCGCGACUGUCAUCACAUUCGUCACCUAUGAGAACGUUUCCCACAAACUACUGCGUCUCAGAACCGCCGCCCUGGAGGAAACGCCCGCAGCUUCUGUGGUUGCGAUUCAACAUGUUAAAAACUGAGGUAAUCGUUGCGACGGACUGGAUGAAAAAUUUCGACCGAAUCCAUUCCCGAUUUCGAAUCGCACUAAAACUUGUUAGUUCGAAAUGAAGUCUGAACUACGGAACUCGAAACACGACCAAGUCCUCACCCCUAUUUUUAUAAUCGUGGCUCACCCAUGGCUGCUUACCCUGUACACAUUAUUCGUAUAGACUGCAGAAGGUUGCGGACCUUCAAUUUUCAUGUUCGAAUUUUUGCCCUGUCCAAACAGUUUAUUUGCUCAUUGAAUAAUUUUUGAGCGCCAUUUAGGUGUGGAACAAAAAAAAAAAAAAAAAAAACAAUUCCCUGAUAUGAUCACGACACCGUAAGACUGCAGGUACAUUUAUAGAGUAUAACAUAAUAUUACAUUGGAUCAAAUUAGUCGCUAGUCAUUGGAAUCAAGGCUUUUAGAGUCUCGCUCACUGAAAUUAACAGAACAAAUUUUACAUAUUUAAUGUGGGAACAAUUUGGUCCACCCACUUUGCUGCUGAGAUUUCAGGUCACUGAUUUAACUUUCUCUCACUUCGUGAUCAUGAGUAGAAAGAAUGUCAAUAACUUUAUUGUAACUCACGGAGAGCCUGACUUUUAUUUUUUUUUCAUACUGGUGAUUGCAGACUAUUAAGUAAAUCAAGUGAGAAUAAAAAAGUCACAAUGUUCCGAAAAUACUCUAUUUUAAUAUGAUCGCUGUAAUUAUCGUUGCGUAAGUUUUUCGCAUCUUUUUAAAAAACAAUUUUUCAAUUUAAACUCACGCCGAUCGCCUCUCCCUUGUAUUUUUUCGCCGAUAAUAAGUUCAUCCAAACUUCGCAGCUCUCAUCUCAAUCAACAUGCUUUGCCAUUUUCACAUUAUAAAAUUCAGGACUCUUUAGCGCCUGAUUUCGAAAAUGUGUGUUGCCUUUUUUUCUGUUAUUUCAUUUGAAUUCUGUCGAUUUUCUUUUUGUUCUUCAGCUACUAACGCGCUUCUUAUUUUCAUUCAUCUCUUCGAAUAACUGAUGCGCAGGCGUGUCAUUCGUAAUACUUCGAGUAAUAAUUAGUUGUACGUUUUAUUUGUAGUUAUAUGUAUAAUAUGUGCGUACACGUAUGUCAAACACAUUAACGUGCCGUCACAACUUCCGAACGCAAGUAAUUGAUACGAGCAGCACGUCUGAUGAAAAUUUAUUGAUCAAGUAUUAUGUUGUGAACUUAAUGUAGUGUCCUGCACAAGCGUAGAAUAUAUAUUUUAAGGAACCAACUAAUACUGUAUCUCUGCUAAUUAGACUAAAUUCUUGGUCAACCUGUAACAAGGAGCUGUAGUUAAAAAUAAACCAUGGGAAACGCAAAAAAGACAACAGAAAA